AAUUGCUUUGGCAUUGAACAAAGUGACCAUUCACAAACGCGCAUCUCAAUAUUGCCAGUAUCAUUUUGCAAACACUGACGAGUAGUUAUAAAAAUAUUCUUGUCUCUUGAUAAAUAUUAAAAUAAUAAAAACUUUUUAACGAUGACUGCAGAAAUGACAAAACCAGCUUGGCUAAAUAAUGAACUUAUUGAAAAAGCUUUUAAAAAAUCCGAACAAGAUGAUUCAAUUAAAGUUAUUAAAAUAUCAACAAAACCAGGAUCAGAAAAAGGUGAUAAUUAUUCAAGUGAUGUUUAUCGUGUAAAUGUUGAAUUUACAAGAUUAAAAUUAUCAAAUAUUAUUCAUGAAAAACGUUCGUUAAUCAUCAAAAUAUCUCAUACUGAAUCGCCAAUUUUUAAAGAAAUGAUAAAUGAGAUUGAUGUUGUAAAUUUAGAAAUAAAAAUGUUAAUGUCAACACUUGUUGAGAUGCAAAAAUUUCUUGGUGAUACAAAAUUAUGUGGUAAAUGUCUUUAUGGACAGGAUAAACCACCAGCAAUAAUUAUUGAAGAUUUAGCUGUAUCUGGUUAUCGGCUAGCUGAUAGAAAAGUUGGUCUUGAUUAUCAACACAGUCUUUUCGCUAUUAAAAAUUUAGCAAAAUUUCAUGCAAGUUCUGUUGCUGCUGUUGAACAGGAUCCAAGUUUAAAAAGUUUUUACGGAAAAGGAGUUUUUUUUAAACCAUGUAAUUCAAUAUUAAUGAAACAAUUUUUAAAUGGUGCUAUGAAAUCCUUUGCCACUGCUGUUGAAUCAUGGCCAGAACUUGGUCCAAAAUAUGGCAAUAAACUCAAGAAACUAUCGGAUAAUUUUUAUGAUUUAUUUGCCGAACGAACUGCUCUAAAUGAAAGUGAAUUUAAUGUUAUUAAUCAUGGUGAUUGUUGGGUCAAUAAUAUGAUGUUUCAUUAUGAUGAUAACAAUAAAGUUGAUAAUCAAAUUUUUGUUGAUUUUCAAAUACCAGUUUAUAAAUCACCAGCAAUUGAUUUAAAUUAUUUUUUUAAUUCAAGUUUGUCUGAUGAAACAUUGAGCCAACGUGAUAAAUUAUUGAAGGAAUAUUUUAAAGUUUUAACAAUGACAAUGAAACGAAUUGGCUGUAAAACAUCACCACCCACAGCUGAUGAGUUGAAUAGAAUGAUGAGUAAAUAUGAAAUUUAUGGUCUAUUUGCAGCAUGUGUUUGUUUGCCAAUUAUGGCACUUGAUAAAGAACAUGCCAAACCUAUUGAUGAUAUGAUGCUUGAUGAUGGUACUAUUGAUGAUAAGGGAGUUACAAAUCCAGUUUUUUUAAAACGAGUUACCAAGAGACUACAAAAAUGGGAUACAAUGGGAUUGCUAGAUGUAUAAUUGUUGGAUCAUUAUAUGAACAAAAUAAUAUUUGUUGUAAUAAUUAUUAUUGUUGAAUUUAUUGAUUUAUUGACACUUGACCGCAUUUUAUUCGUAAUCUAAUUGGUCGAAAUUUUUUAACAUUUGUUAAUAGUUACCCUUUUGUUGUUUUCUUUUUUACAUUGACAUGUUGCUACAUGUUGUUGUGUGAUUGCUACGUUUGUUUAUAUCUUGUUUCGGCGGUUAAUUUAUUUUGAUUAUAAAAAUUAAACAUGAAAGUGAUUAAUAACAAUUAUAUGUAAUGAUAAGAUGGUUAUAAUAAAGAUACGAAAAUAUUGUUUUUUCACAGGAUCAUAGAACAAGCAAAGAGGUAUAUUAUAAAAUUUAUAGUUCACUUUCUGUCUUUCCUGUUUUCCUGAUAUUUUCAAAAUAAAAUUUAUUUGUUGAAAAAAAAUAUCAAAAAAAUAAAAAUUUCAUUUCAAACAGGAAUAUAGAACAGGCAAGGUGGUAUUUAAUUUUAUUUAUAGUUUAUCUCUGUCCUUUAUGUUUCCUUGAUAUUUUCUAUAAAUAAUAUUUAUUUUGUUAAAAAAAAUAUUAAAACUUUAAAUUUAUUAAGGGAUCAUAAAGCAAGAGAGGUAAGCUUUUCAAGUUACCGCAAACACUUCUUUGGUUAUUCUAUUAUCCUCAUAUGAAAAUCUAAUUUUUCCAAAAAAAAUAUUGAGUGAAAA